CGUGUUAGCUGUGCUAAUGAAUAUGGCAGUUUGUUGACAAGUAGGUCCAAACCAUGUCUGUGUGCGCGCGCUCGGCUCUGUGUGUGCGUGUGUGCGUCCGCGGCGGCUCUCUCUUUUUUUAAAAUCUCGUGAGAUUUCAGCCGUGUGGAUUUGACCCAUCGUUCAUACAGGAGGGCGCUCGAGCUCCACUGCUCUUAUCCCGCACGGGGCGCACGUAGAAGCCGGUGAAACGGUCACGCGGAGUGAAGCUUCGGAUCCGUGACGAGUGUUCAUGCGCGGCCGGAGAGCAUCCGGACGGGUAGGUUAGAAAGGACAGCGCGGCGCGGCGCGGUGAUAUUCGCAGGUGCGGUUGAGCCGGGUUAGGGCGGAGGCGGCAGAGGACUUAUCGGCGCUGGACUGUUGGCCGGAGUAUCCGAGCACCUCCAUCACCUCUAACUCCAGCGCCUCAGCUCCAGCGGGAGGCCGGGAGCGGCAGCAGGAUGUAGCGGCGGAUUAACGGAGGAGAGAGGGGCGCUGAGAGAGGAAGAGAGAGGGGCAGCGGGAGGACUGCGGUGCUGGUGGUGGUGGUGGUGGUGGUGGGACAGAGGGGACAUGGGGAAGGACCAGGAGUUGCUCCAGGCCGCGAAGACCGAGGACCUGCUGACAGCACAGCGGCUUUUACAGAGACCACGGCCGGGGAAAGCAAAGCUCCUCGGAGCUGCAAAGAGAGUCAAUGUCAACAUCCAGGACGCAGAUGGGUUGUCGCCGCUGCACCAUGCUGCUCUGAGUGGCAACAAGGAGCUGAUCGCUCUGCUGCUGGAGGCCCAGGCCGCGGUGGAUAUUAAAGAUAACAAAGGAAUGCGACCUCUGCAUUAUGCUGCGUGGCAGGGGAAGACUGAACCAAUGAAAAUGCUGCUGAAGUCUGGAUCAUCAGUCAACGGCCCAUCAGACGAGGGUCAGAUCCCACUGCAUCUGUCGGCUCAGCACGGACACUAUGACGGGUCAGAGAUGCUGCUGCAGCACCAGUCCAACCCGUGCAUCUCCGACUCAGCUGGAAAAACACCGCUGGACCUGGCCUGUGAGUUUGGACGAGUCGGAGUGGUCCAGCUCCUGCUCAGCAGUAACAUGUGUGCCGCCAUGAUAGAACCCAGACCCUCCGACCCCAACGGAGUGUCACCUCUGCAUCUGGCUGCCAAAAACGGACACAUCGAAGUCAUACGGUUACUAAUCCAGGCUGGUAUUGACAUAAACAGACAGUCUGAGUCUGGCACAGCGCUACAUCAGGCCGCCCUCUGUGGGAAGACAGAGGUAGUACGUCUGCUGCUGGAUAGUGGCAUCAGUGCUGGGGUGAGGAACACGCUGAGUCAGACGGCCCUGGACAUCGUUAACCAGUUUACCACCACCCAGGCCAGCAGGGAGAUCAAACAGCUGCUCAGAGAUGCUUCAGCUGCAAUGCAAGUGCGGGCACUGAAGGAUUAUUGCAACAACUAUGACUUAACCAGCCUCAACAUCAAAGCUGGAGACAUUAUCACGGUUUUAGAGCAGCACUCUGACGGUCGAUGGAAGGGCUGCAUCCACGACAACCGCACUGGAAAUGACCGCGUGGGCUACUUUCCCUCCAACAUAGGGGAAGUGAUCAAGAGGGCAGGCCACUCCCCCUCCCAGCAGUGCCACACCCUCCUGCUCCGCAGGCCCAACCCUUGCCCCAUUGCAUCGGUCAAUGGGCACCCACACCCCCCCACCAAAGUCCUCCCCCUGCAUCUGCCUUCUCCGCCUCCCCCUCACCCCAACGCACAGUCCCUCCCUCCUUUUUCCUCCUUCGGGUACGUUCCUGUUCCCAUUUCUCCUCCGUCUCUGUCCACUCCUCGACUGUCCAUUCCUCUUCCGCCCCCUCUUCCUCUCUCCUCUUCUCAGGAGCGGCAGAGUCAGACAGGUACAUACUGUAGCACCACUGUGGAUCACAGAUACACCGGUGAGGACAUCGGGGUUCUACGCAAACCACUGGCAGGUGGUGAUCGCAGUGGCAGUGUGGGCAGUCUGGGCAGUGCUCGGUCAUCCAGCAGCCUGCACAGCUCUGGAAACACACAUGUUCUGACCACCCCGGCCCCGAGUCCACAGCCCGCGCCCACACCAGGGGUCAACACACACGGCCUUAACGCCCCGGGCCUCCACGCUCAGUCGGAAGGAGUGAAGCUUCUGGCCACUGUUCUUUCCCAGUCAGUUAAAGCCAAGGAACAUCUCCUGGAGCAGUCACAGUCUGUUGAGCAGUCAGCAAGUUCCUCUGGUUGCACCGUUCUGGAACCACGGCCAUUUGAGAAGAAGGCAGAGGAGGAUGAUGGGAAAAAGCAGGCGGUGGUGGCGUGGCUGGGCGACUUUCAGCUGCAGUUCUACACCACCCACUUCCUCACCGCGGGAUACGACCUAGACACCAUCAGCUGCAUGACCCCAGAGGACCUGACUGCUAUUGGGGUCAUGAAGCCUGGACAUAGAAAAAAGCUAAUGACAGAGGUCAGCAGGAUCCACUCCACAGCCUGGCUUUCGGAUUCCAAGCCAGCAAACCUGGCUGACUGGCUGUCUCACCUGGGUCUUAGUCAGUACUACCAGGUUCUGAUGCUAAAUGGUUAUGAAAACAUGGACUUCAUCUCCGACAUCAGCCUGGAGGACCUCCAGGAGAUUGGCAUCACAAAGCUGGGCCAUCAGAAGAAGCUCAUGUUGGGAGUUAAAAGGCUUAAAGAACUACAAAAAGGGGGGAGUGAUUCUGAGCCUCCUCUGAGCUCCUCCACACCUCCGUCGAGUCCCGGAGGAAGCAACAACUCUGAGCCUAAAAGAGAGACAAAGAAGCAGAGGGACGGUGCCCCCAGUCCUCUGGCCAGACCUCGACCAGCUCUCUUACAUUCACAGACCUCUCCACAAUCUCCAACCCACACCACCGCUCAUGCCCGGACCCAGGAGCCCUCCCCCAGGGCUCGCCCUCGCUCUUCCACUCAGGUGGUGGCGACCAAAGAAAAGUGUGUCCCACUUCUUCAGUUGCCCAGCGAGGAGGAAGAGCGACGGAGAACCCACAGUCUCACUGGCACAGAGUCAGACUCCAAAUAUGCCACCGUGUGCCGCAGCAGCUCUGCACUUAAUGCCGUCCCCAAUGAUGUCACCGUCAACCGCAGCCAAUCAUCUGUUACCUUGCGUCCCCGUCGUAAAGGGCGACCCCCGACCCCACCAAAACGAUCCUGUUCUUCAAUUACUGGAGGUGAAGGGGAGGGAGAGGCUCAGGCUGACGGACUUCUCGGACUUCCAACCUUUAGAGAGCGACGGGCCAGUGACUGCGGAAGUCUGGGAUCGGCUUUACGAGCUAAGGAGUCGUCCGGCUUGGAGAGAUCGGAGGGGGCUUCUGGGAGUGUACGUAGUCUCGCUGCAUUUCUGGAAACCUCUAUGGGUGGAGCUAAAACUCUGCCGAAAAACCUGGGGAACAGUACCAACUACUUACAGGUGAGUCCACCCGUUCUUCGUCGCCAACCUCGAGCAGGAGGUCUUGGCUCUGAGGAAGACGAUGCAAUAAGUCGGCGCAGGACCAUCAGUGGACCAGAGAUGAUCCCUGGUCAUCAGGCUGAGGUGUCGCCACAGCAACCACCUCAGCAGCGUCCAGAACCGAGGCCCCGCUCCACAGUGUUAACCUCAGCAUCAGAGGUCACCGACAGCCCAGUGAUACUCCGGAGGAAGCCGGCUCCAACAACCGCAGAGUCUGUAGCAACAACAUCUGCAGCCACCAGUGUCAUCACGGUGACGCCCGGGUCUGAACCCAUACGUAGAAGACCCCGCAAGUCAGAGGAAAGCAGUAACCAAUCAGACGUUGACAGUGGCCACACAGACAGCAGCCAGAAAAAUGCACGAGAGCUUCAGCACAACGGCCGGGGCGUGGUUCUGAGGCAGAGGCCGACGUCUCAGGUGUCUGAUAGGACGGAGCCGAUCACAGAGAGCUGUGAGUGGAUGGAGGCCAGGAAGUCUCUGAAGCCAGCGUUAUCACCUAAACCAUCCACAGUCCCCCAGAGGAAGACCCAAGCAGAUCCCCCGACACCAACCCGCAGGGUCCCCAUACCUGGACCUGACACCGCAGAGAAGGCCCAGAGUCCUGAGUCCAAGCGUGUCCCUCCUCCUGUGUCCCCCAAACCACGUGGACCUCCCACAGCUCCUAAACCAGGCAAAGCCAUGGCUGCUUCACCUUCCAUGAGUCCAGGCUCCGCUGCUACCAGUCCAGUCCCAGCCUUCAGACCCUCCUCCCCGCAUUGUGUUGCUCCACUUCCAGCUCCCGACAUCCUAUCCACUUCCUGUCUCUCUCCUGGACUCCCACCUACGUCACCUUCUCCUGCACAGAGUCCCUCCACACCUUCAUCCCACCCUGUCAAACCUCCACGCUCCUCCAUCACUGGGCUCUCUAUUGACCUUAGUGGAGGAAACGAGGUGGAGGAGGAAGAGGAGAAAAGGAAAGUAUCUGAUGAGGAGAGGAUUAGAGUCACAGAGCAGAGGGAAGAAACUCAGAGGGAGCAGGUGAAAGAGGCCCCACAAACAGAUGAAGCAAAGACGGAGGAGAGUCAAGCCAAAGCAGAGGAGCAGCAGGAGGAGGAGGUGGUGCAGCUACAUCUGGAGGAAACCAGUGUCUCCUUGGCUGCAGCUUUGGAGGUUGUGGAGCAACAAAUCACAGAUGAGAACACACAAACCGACAAUAAGACAACCGUCUCCAUCUUGGACGACAUCGGCAGCAUGUUUGACGACUUGGCAGACCAACUGGACGCAAUGCUGGACUGAUCUGCUGCCAGUGUGUUGUUUCCAGCUGGCUCUGCGUCCGUUUCCCUCGUCAUGUGUAGGUGUAUGAAGACGGCCCAGUUCUCCUGAGGCUCGAUGCUGGGGCUUCGUGAGUGUGUGUUUGAUUGAGAGCAGUUGGUGCUCCUCCUGUGUCUCUGUACAGUCCACUGAGAAGAGCCUUCUUCAGGAGGUGCAGUAGCGGUCAGUAUGCCUUUCAAAGCAAAGAGGCUGCUAUAGCACUCUAAGAGAGUCACCACCACCACCACCACCACCACCACCACCACCACCACCUGACCUCAGAUGUCAGUGUGGACUGAGAAGCACAAUCAUCUUCCUCCACCUUACUGUUACUCUCCACAGACUGUGUCGAGGAGAAAGACGCUGCUGCAGUCAGACAGUCAGACAGAUCAACAAGGAUAAGCACAUUAACUGACUGACAGGUAGAACUAGGUACACCAGAUGCAAACAGCCGAGACGCUGAAGGGGAUUUUUUUAAAAGCACACGCGAAAGUGGGGGGGGGCGCUUUUCUAGCCGGUCCCGCUCCUUUGAUGUCACCAGGAUGCAAUUUUUCAGAAGAAUUGUAGCCUCCGUUCCUCUUCUGUUCUCGUGAAGAAUUGUGGGUACCUACACUUCCUGAGUUGUGUGUCGUCUCUCUCGUUCCCGUUGUAAUUGUUGUUGCUGUUGUUAAUGUUGUGUGUGUGACUCCUGCUGAUACUCAUGUCUAUGUCCUUCAAAUCACUACAAUAGUUAAAACCACAGUGUCCACGCUGAGACACUCACUAAGAUACAACGAAUACACAGAAAAUGAAUCAUUUUGCUCAGUAUUAAGCUUCAUCUACAAGAGUUUAAAGGUGCACUGUGUAAGAUUUAGGUAAUCAUUCCAAGUGUUUUAUUUAUAUUGUCAAACUGGCAUAUAAAGAGUGAAACGGUGUUCAUCAGUAUUAAAGAUUAAUUAACAUUAAAAUAUAUUUUUUAUGGUUAUUUUAGCUUAUUUUACCAAUUUAGAAGCUUAGUUUAAAAAAAAAAACACGUCCUUGUUAGAUUUGCAGAUAAAUUAGCAAAACAUUUGACUCAGUGGCUCCCCCUGCAUCAGACAUGUUCGUGAAUUUCGGUUACGUAGUUUUUUCACCAGUCACUGUCCUGUUAGAAACGCAGUAUUUGUUGUCAUAUUUCGCUUUAGUUUGUGAACACAGGCAUGUAAGAGCAUGAAAAAUAAGGAUAUACAGAAUUGUGUUAAUGUUUUAAUUUAAUAUUGAUUUUAUCUGUCCAGACAGGGGCGGCCAAAAGACCAGAUGUGGCCUGGGGGCCUGUACAUGCCUGGGUGUGAAAAGGUUAAUUCUUCCACAUGUUUUUACUGUACAUUUCCCUAAAUAGAAUUCAUUUUUUACCCAAGCCUGAGUCUUCUCUACAGAGGCUGCCAAGUUGAAUAACCACAAUCUUCAGUUUGUCCACAUUAGACAAAUAUUUCAUUCAUUGACUUUUUAAAGACUCUAAUAUGAUGUCUGACGUUCUUGAGAAGCAUCUUGCUCAAUUCUAUCCAGUGUACCUUUAAAUGACAAUGAACUUACAUUCAAAAUCACAUAUAAAAGCACACUGAUAUGAUGUAUACCCUCGCCCAGCUUCUGCAAGUAUUUUUUUUAACCUAUACUUUAAUGUUUUCUAUUAUACUUCCUGAUGACAGUUAAAACAUGCCUGGUAUUUAAGCCUGUAGAGCUCCCUCUAGUGUUUGUUAGUGAAAUUGCCUUUUAAUCUGCAAAUCUCUUGUCUUCCACCUUUACCUGAAUAUAUUUAUUUAUUUUUAUUUGUUAAUCCUGGUAUGUCUGCAUCUCUUUGUGCCUUGGUAGUAUUUUUUUCUGUGUUAAAAUCAUGUCUUUAUUUUUUUUAUGUUGUUUUCCAUCAUUGAUCUCAAAAGUAAAGGCUUUCCUCCGUUUUCCUUACAAUUCCUCAAUGUCUAUAAUGUCUAUCGUAGCUUGUUGUGACUUCUUUGCAAUAUGAUCAAUGAAAUAAAUGGCCCUGUCUUAGUCCGUUUGUUCCAGCUGAGAAGCCUUGUUGGAGCCUGUGUGAGCCCAUCUCUGAGCUGUAAUAACAGUCGGCUCUGCUCCUCCUCAGCUCCUUCGUUUCCAGUGGUUGUCCCUGUAGUCCGGACAGUACGCCCAUUACCAGUGUUUAUCCCAUUGAAGAGUCUACUUGUAUUUUUUUGCUCUUGAAAAACAAAGAUAUAUUUGAGAGACAUAUGUUCUAUGUGAAUAAUGAGAAAAUAUUAAUAAUAAUAUUGAUGGCAACUCUAGACAACAAUUUGAGGUCAGCUGAUUGUGUGUGUAAAUUUAUGGUUGAAUUUUGGCUGUUUUGUGACGGCUCUUGUACCAUGGUUGAGUGAAGGUUGUGUUCCUGUACAGCUGUGACCAGAAUAAAUGUGUACAAUAAACAUUAUAAAAUGUC